UAUCUGUAUUUGUUACCCAUCUGCCCCAUCCCCCAUUAGUGUGCUACAAAGUGGUGGAUCACCAUGGCUCUGAACAUCCCUGGUGUGGUUGCAAUGGUGCUGUUCUAUAUCCUGAUUCUGGGGACAGGUGUUUGGGCUGCCCGAAAGUCCAGGAGGGCUGAGAGGAAGAGCCAUGGAGACAGGACAGAAGUGGUGCUCCUUGGAGACAGGAAUAUUAGCUUGUUGGUUGGGAUUUUCACCAUGACUGCUACAUGGGUUGGAGGCGGCUUCAUCUUGGGUGUGGCUGAGGCUGUGUACUCUCCUAAAAUGGGCUUAAUAUGGGCUCUCAUGCCUAUACAAUACUCUGUGUCCUUCAUAAUAGGUGGGCUGUUCUUUGCAAAGCCAAUGAGAGACAAGAAGUAUAUCACCAUGAUGGACCCGUUCCAAAUAAAGUAUGGAAGAGUACUGAGUGGUGCCCUAGUGCUCCCCUCCCUGCUGGUGGAUGUGCUGUGGGUGUCCUGCACUCUGCUCGGCUUAGGAGCCACUAUGAGUGUGAUACUAGACUUGCCCUAUGGCUAUUCUGUGUGGAUCUCCUCAGCUGUGGCCAUUAUCUACACUCUGUUGGGAGGUCUUUAUUCAGUGGCUUACACAGAUGUUAUCCAGCUCUCCCUGGCUUUCCUCAGUUUGUGGUUGUGUGUCCCCUUCCUGAUGCUUAACCCCACGUCUACAAACAUUGCACAGACUGCAUUUAACAACACCAACCAAGAACCCUGGUUUGGAAAGCUGGAUCGUGACAACAUCUGGAAGUGGAUUGAUGACUUCUUGAUGCUUGGUCUAGGUAGUGUCUCAUUCCAGAGCUUCCACCAGAGGACGCUGUCUGCCUCCUCACCACUCACAGCCCAGUUGACAUGCUAUGCUGCAGCCCUUGUUAUCGCCAUACUGGGAAUCCCACCUGUCUUGAUCGGGGCUGUUGCUGCCUCCACAGACUGGAACCAAACACUGUACGGCUCUCCAUCUCCAUACAUACGUGGUGAGCACAGUUUGAUCCUGCCUCUGACCCUACAAUACCUCACUCCAUCUUACAUCUCAAUCAUUGGAAUCGGAGCUGUGGCCGCUGCCGUCAUGUCGUCCACAGACUCUGGCCUGUUGUCGGCAACUUCUGUUUUCUCUUCAAACAUCUACAAGAACAUCCUGCGUAAACGGGCAUCAGAUUUUGAAAUGCAGUGGGUUAUUCGGGUCACAGUGGUGGUCGUGGGUCUGCUUGGGACAUCUAUAACCUUCUACACCAAAAGCACCCUAGUUCUGUGGAUUCUUGGAGCUGACGUUUCCUACACCCUGAUGUUCCCUCAUCUGAUCUCUGUCCUCUUCUUUGAUGUGACAAACGGUUACGGUGCAAUGGGUGGUUACAUCAUAGGACUGACAAUAAGGAUAUUGUUAGGUGAGAAUGCAGUAGGACUUCCUGUUACUCUUUGUCUUCCUGGCUGCAUACUGGAAGAUGGCGUCUACGUCCAAAAGUCUCCUGUCAGGACAGCUGCAAUGCUCUGCACUUGCAUAACCAUCCUGUUUUUUUCCACGCUGGCUGUGUUCAUGUUCAACCACAGUCUGUUGCCUGAGAGCUGGGACAUUUUUAAAGUAAAACGUAAUGUGACUAUUUCACCAGGAGAUGCCGUCACACUGAGCCCCAGAGAAGAAGAAGAAGCUGGAAGUGAGGCUGAAUGUGACGAGAACAGACAUGGAGUUAGCUAUAGCCAAUGUUAGAAACUAAGUCCUGACUGCUUCUUUGUCUUUUCAUAGGCUGGCAGGCUGAAUUGUUUUAUGAUCUGUAUGAUAUGUAGGUGACUGGAGAGCUAAAAUAGGUGUUAUUAUAAGA